AUGACGACGACGACAACUCGAUUCGCUAGCACCACUGUCGAUUCGCUGCUCGCCGAUCGACAAGAAAUUGCGCAAUUUGACAAUAAAGAUCCUUGGAUUCUCGAAGAGCCCUCGAUCGUCUUCAUUUCGGUUGUUGUGUUUAUUGUCGCUGUGGCUCUCAUCGCGAAAAUUGUGAUAAGCAAUCGAAAAAAAAGAUUGGAUUUGAUCGAAGGAUCGGCGCGAUGGCGAAUCUCGGCGUCGAGACAGAGCGCUUCGUCAUCGGCGACCGUCACCGCCGGCACCACCGGAGCGUCGUACAUUCCGAUGGGAAGGGGAUCAACUAGCCGCGCUCUCAAUCAGCAACAACAGCCACUAACGAAUGGAUUGGAUCAUCCGGGGCCGGAUCGUCUUGAUUGGGAGCGGCAAUUUUUUGACGAUUCGGAGGCAACGACACCUUCUCGCCUGCUAUUUCGCUAA